AAACUUUCUGCAUUGAUGCGCAUUGCACUAGCAUUGAUACAAGAAGUCGGUAGUACAAAGAUGAUUCUUUUGUACUACCGAGUCAAGUGCAGCAAGUAUUCUAUAUUAAUGACACUGCAGAGAGACGUGGCAAUUGGAAAGUUGUCCAAAGAUUCAAGCAUCGAGGACAAGUUCAAAAUCUCGGAUGAUUAUCAUGGCAAUCUAGUAGCUCAGCAAGCUGUCCACAGAAAAUGCUACAAUAUUCACAGAAAUUGGAGGCACAAUAUGAAAUUGCAUUACAAGUAUCUUAAGAACGUUUUACAUGUGGACCCUUAUAGUCAUCCAUACGAACAUGUGACUCAAGAGGAUUGGCGCCACUUAAUUGACGAUGUGUGGAAAAGCAAAGAACACAAGGUGAGAUCAAAAGCUGGCAAAAAGAAUAGGAAAAAGCUUGAGUACAAUCAUUGUUCAGGAUCUCGGUCAUUUGUUGCAACAAUGACUAUACAGGUAUAUGUUUUUGAGUAUGUACUGACUAUAUUUUUAGUGAAUUGCCUGUGAAACAGUCUAUGGGAUAGUUUUGGCUAUUGUAAAAUAGACAAUUUGCUGCAAGUAGAUUUUUUAUUCUAGUUUGCUUCAAGUAUAUUUUUGGAAUCCUUUUAUGCAAGUAGAUCUG